UUCAGCGUCAAGACACAGCACUUGCGCUAGAAGGCUCGUAGCGAUUUGUCCCUCUCCUUCGGCAUUCUGCUACUUCCUGGAUUGUAGCCGCACAGGUCACCGCCCUGGCUAACCGUCUCAGUACGAAGGGAAGGGAUGGCUAUGUGUCCGUUCCUGAACCGCGCCAGAGUCAUGAGGGGCGAUCAUUCAGGUGUGGCCAGAUCCCAUGCUGGCCUUGCUUCGACGUGUUGGACGCUCUCGUCCGCGGCUGCCCUAUGUCUAUAAGAGGCGACGUCCUGGCGAUCAAGGAAGCAUUACUUCACCAUACUCUCACACCUCCCCUCUCGCUCUCCGACAAAGAACCGGUCAACAGGUUCUCACAAUUUCCUGUCCGCCCUUCUCCCCAUACUUCACCCAUUCAUUGGUCCUCUCACCUAUAACACGCCAAGCUACGGCAUUGUUACAGCCCCUGGACUUUCUUCUAGCUUUCGCCCAUCUCCACGAUGAAGGUGUCUCUCACCAUUCCUCUCACGGUGGCGUCAGUAGUCGCUCUUGCUGCCGCCGCGCCAAACUCACUGGUCAACUCUCGACGAGCCACGUCUGUUGAUCUGACCGUAGCGCGCCAGACCAGCAGCAAGGUGGACUUCGGUGUCACUGCUUUCAUAGAGAACAACAUCAACAGCGGAUCCGAUGGUGGCCUGUAUGCUGAACUCAUCAAGAGCCGAGCUCUCCAAAGUGAAGGCGACGGUCUGACCAACAGCUGGACGGGUAACAACGCGGACAUCUCUGUCAUCACGUCCGAUGCCAUUAGCAACGUCCUUCCUCGCUCUCUUCGUAUCGCCAAGAAGGGGAGCCCGAGCAGCUUUGGCGUUAGAAACGUCGGCUGGGCUGGCAUCGCUGCCAAGCCUGGCAAAUACAGUCUCACUCUCAGCGCCCGGUGCAACGCCGCCACAUCCACCACUGCCACUGCCGGUCUGUAUGACGCGCAAAGGAAAGCACUUGGCUCUGCCCAGGUUCCAUUGGCGCUGACCAAUUCCUGGAAAGAGUUCAAGGCCACGAUCCAGGUCGCAGGUGGCAACAAUGUCGCCUCCAACCAGUUUGGUCUGGACUUCCCUGGCAACUUCGCGAGCGAACAAUGCCAAUUCAACCUCAUCAGCUUGUUCCCCGAGACUUUCAAAGGCACGACUGCACGUCAGGAUCUGGCGCAGCUGUUGGCCGACCUUAAGCCCAAGUACUGGCGCGUCAUCGGUGGUAAUGCUCUCGAAGGCAACAAUCUGGCAUCACGUUUCCAGUGGCAGCAGGCAAUUGGACCGCUCAAAAAUCGCCCAGGACGUGCGGGCACCUGGAUCGACUGGGACACGGAUGGCUAUGGUCUGGAUGAAGCCCACAGACUUGGCGAAGCGGUCGGAGCCAAGGCCAUUCCUGGAGUCUUCGCUGGCUACACUCUCAACCAGCAAUCCGUUCCCGACGAUCAGCUUCAACCAUACAUCGACUCGGCCGUGAACGAACUGCACUACCUGCUUGACCCUCAAGGCUCUUCCACGUGGGCGAAGCAGCGUGAAGCCAACGGACACGCGGCCCCUUACAAUCUGGCUGCCGUCCAGGUCGGCAAUGAAGACUGGAUCAGUGAGGCUGCCAUCAAGACGUACCAGACCCGAUACCCUCGUUUUGCCAACGCUAUCAAAGCCGCAUUCCCCAACCUUCUGGUUAUGUCCAGUAGUCCUUACCCUACCCCCAAGACUCAGCUGGCAGCCAUUGAUCAGCACGACUACAACACGCCCAAUUUCUUCUUGGGAGCUUACGACCGUUACGACACAUGGGCACGCAACGCCACCACCAUCUGGAACCUCGAAAUGGCUGUCACAAACAGUGGCAAGUGUGGGGAGACACCCCAAAUUGACGCUUUGAGCGGUCCCUGUCGUCUGACCUACCCUAUCCAACUGGGCGCUGUUGCUGAGUUCACUGCUAUGAUGGGUAUGGAGCGGAAUAGCGAUGUCGUAAAGACCUUCGCCUAUGCGCCGCUGCUGAACAAGAUUGGCAAUGGUCUGAGCCAGUGGCACCCGGACCUCAUCAGCUUCGACGCUGUUGACUCGUGGCCUUCGGCAUCGUACUGGGCACAAUACGCCUUUGGACAAUAUGGCAUCGACUCCCUGUACAAGAUUACAAGCUCUGUAGCAUAUAAGCCGGUCUACUGGAGCGCUGGCAAACAGGGCAACUUGGACGUCAUCAAGCUCAGCAACAGCGGUGCAGACCCUGUCACCGUCACCGUCAAGGCGGACGGAGCGCAGUACAAUCCCAACGCUGCCGGAUCUCUGAUACUCUCUGCUCACAAUGAUGCUUACGCCUCGAACACUCCAGAGAACCGUCAGAACAUCAAGCCCACUCGACGCAACACCUCUGCGAAGGACUUUGUGAAUGGCGCUUUCCGCAUCACUCUGCCGGCCUACUCGCUCGCUGCGGUGAAGCUCGCCAGGGCUUAGUCGUGCAGUGCAAAUGCAAAU